UCGUGCACGCAUGUUUAUAAACCACAGCUCUCGCGUCGUGGGAGUGAACACCAAUUGGAGAGAGACAGACGGAGUGAGAAGAUCAGACAGACAGGGAGAGAGCGAGGAGACGGAGGAGGGGAAGCCACGGUGGUGGCAGGCUAACAGGGGCUCGCGGAGGGGGAACAGCUGGUGCCCCUGCAUGUGUCUCCGUCUGUCUAUCUCGGCGUGCACAUGGACGACCACCUCAGUCUCCUUCAAUCCCCACCGUCUUCCAUUACCAAGACCCACCAGGACCACCCCGACCUCCGAGACCGCGACACCCUCGUAAACCACGGAUAUACAGAGACAGACAUCGAUGUGAUGACGGUGGUGGCUUGCGGCGGAGACAACAUGUUGGAGGAGUUGGUGACUCUACCAGGUCAUCACUCUCUGGACCGGUACGAACGGAAUCAACCGGACCACGAGUGCUGUGAGCGCGUAGUCGUCAACAUCUCUGGGCUGCGCUUCGAGACUCAACUGAAGACCCUCUCCCAGUUCCCUGAGACCCUGCUGGGGGACCCCAAGAAGAGAAUGAGGUACUUUGACCCUCUGAGGAACGAGUAUUUCUUCGACAGGAACCGGCCCAGCUUCGACGCCAUCCUCUACUACUACCAGUCAGGCGGGCGUAUCAGGAGACCUGUCAACGUGCCCAUAGACAUCUUCUCUGAGGAGAUCCGCUUCUACGAGCUGGGAGAAGAGGCCAUGGAGAAGUUCAGAGAGGAUGAGGGUUUUAUUAAAGAAGAGGAGAGACCACUGCCUGACAAUGAGCUGCAGAGGCAGGUGUGGUUGCUGUUUGAGUACCCUGAGAGCAGUGGUCCGGCUCGGGGGAUAGCCAUCGUCUCCGUCCUCGUCAUCCUCAUCUCCAUCGUCAUCUUCUGCCUGGAGACGUUACCGGAGUUCAGGGAGGACCACAAGGAGCCCGUCCCGCUGGCUUCCGUUAUUAACGGCACCGAGCCGUACUUCUCCUCUCCGUUCUCCGACCCGUUCUUCGUGGUGGAGACGCUGUGCAUCAUCUGGUUCUCCUUCGAGCUGCUGGUCCGGUUCUUCGCCUGUCCCUCCAAGGCCACCUUCUCUAGGAACAUCAUGAACAUUAUAGAUAUCGUUGCUAUCAUACCCUACUUCAUUACGCUGGGCACGGAACUGGCAGAGCAGCAGGGGAACGGGCAGCAAGCCAUGUCCCUCGCCAUCCUCAGGGUCAUCAGGCUGGUCAGGGUGUUCAGGAUCUUCAAGCUGUCCAGACACUCCAAGGGGCUCCAGAUCCUGGGCCAGACCCUGAAGGCCAGCAUGCGGGAGCUGGGUCUGCUCAUCUUCUUCCUCUUCAUCGGAGUCAUCCUCUUCUCCAGUGCCGUCUACUUCGCCGAAGCCGACGACCCAGACUCCAGCUUUAGCUCCAUCCCUGAUGCCUUCUGGUGGGCCGUGGUCACCAUGACUACUGUCGGCUAUGGAGACAUGCACCCGAUAACCAUCGGCGGGAAGAUUGUGGGCUCCCUCUGCGCCAUCGCUGGCGUGCUGACCAUCGCCCUGCCCGUCCCCGUCAUCGUGUCCAACUUCAACUACUUCUACCACCGGGAGACAGAGGGCGAGGAGCAAGCGCAGUACCUCCAUGUGGGCAGCUGUCAGCCGCUGGCGGCCGAGACGGAGGAGGAUGGGGAGGUGAGGAAGAGGAGCAGCUCUUCGUCGCUCAGUAAGAGUGAGUACCUGGUGAUAGAGGAACACAGAGGACUGAACAGCAGCACCUUCAAACAGCAGCAGAACUUCCCCACGGCAACCACCGCUACCACGACGACAACCGUGACACAAAACAACACGGUGAACAGCGUCAGCUUCAACAAGAAGAUAUUCACUGACGUGUAGUCUAUGGAUGUCAUAACGGACUCAUGGAUUAAUGUAUGUAGUGCUUUAACAGAUGUGGUUGAAUGACGAGAGACUCAUCACCACCAUCAACCUCUAGCUGACCAUAUCUAAUGGGGAUAUAUACACUACAUGACCAAAAGUAUGUGGACACCUGCUUGUUCAACAUCUCAUCCCAAAAUCAUGGGGAUUAAAUAUGGAGUUGGUCCCCCGUUUUGCUGCUAUUACACGGCCUCCAUUCUUCUGGGAACGCUUUCCACUAGAUGUUGAAACAUUGUUGCGUGGACUUGCUUCCAUUCAGACAAAAGAGCAUUAGUGAGGUCGGGCACUGAUGUUGGGCGAUUAGGCCUGACUCGCAGUCGGCGUUCCAAUUCAUCCCAAAGGUGUUCGAUAGGGUUGAGGACAGGGCUCUGUGCAGGCCAGUCAAGUUCUUCCACACCUAUCAAGACAAACCAUUUCCUUAUGGACCAGGCUUUGUGCACAGGGGGCCAUUGUCAUGCUGAAACAGGAAAGGACCUUCCCCAAACUGUUGCCUCACAUUUAGAAGCACAGAAUCGUCUGGAAUGUCAUUGUAUGCUGUAGACUCAAGAUUUCCCUUCACUGGAACUAAGGGGCCCGAACCAUGAAAAACAGCCCCAGACCAUUAUUCCUCCUCCACCAAACUUUAUAGUUGGCACUAUGCAUUGGGGCAGGUAGCGUUCUCCUUGCAUCCGUCAAAACCCAGAUUCGUCCGUCGGACUGCCAGAUGGUGAAGCGUGAUUUAUCUCUCCAGACAACGCGUUUCCACUGCUCCAGAGUCCAAUGGCGGCGAGCUUUACACCCCUCCAGCCGAGGCUUGGUAGUGCGCAUGGUGAUCUUAGGCUUGUGUGCGGCUGCUCGGCCAUGGAAAAGCAUUUCAUGAACAUCCCGACGAACAGUUAACGUUGCUUUCGGAGGCAAUUUGGAACUCGGUUUGCACCCGAGGACAGACGAUUAUUACCCUGCUACAUAGUUCAGUAUUCUGUGGUCCCGUUCUGUGAGCUUGUGUGGCCAACCACUUCGCGGGUGAGCCAAUGUUUGUCUGUGGAGAUUGCAUGGCUGUGUGCUCGAAAUUAUGCAUCUGUCAGCAACGAGUGUGGAUAAAUAGCCGAAUCUACUACUUUGAAGGGGUGUCCACAUACCUUUGUAAAAAUGGUGUACCAUGAUGAUAUGGACAUUCCACAGGGCUGUACUCUGUUAUAACACGGCAGUGUCUGGAUGAAGAAGGAGAGAGAGGUAGAGACAUAUAAAACUUCAGCUGAUUCUAACAUCAGAGUGUUUUGUAUUCAGGAUAAAUAGGGAUCCUACAUCAGAUUGUUAAACAGUCAUCACUAUCCAGCCUCCACCCAGCACCCUGCCCUGAACCUUAGUCACUGUCACUAGUCGGCCUCCACCCAGCACCCUGCCCUGAACCUUAGUCACUGUCACUAUCCAGCCUCCACCCAGUACCCUGCCCUGAA